AUGAAACUAUGCUUUGCGAAGCAUAUUUGUGUGGGAAUUCGGCUGUUCAGUAAGAUCCCUGAAGUUAUGAAGGUACUGAACGUUGCCGAGAAGAAUGACGCCGCGAAAAACAUCGUUCGUCAAUUGGUCGGACAAUUCGUGCCUGCCAGAAAUGGGUUGUCCACGUACAACAAAAACUACGAUUUUCAGUUGGAUCUCUUCGGGAGGAAGUGUUCCAUGGUUAUGACGUCAGUUUCUGGACAUUUACUUGGUCUAGACUUCGGAGGUUCUUACAAACGAUGGGAAGGUUGUGAUCCUCUUCUACUCUUCCGUGCACCAGUCGGAAAAUACUGUUCUGACGAUUAUCUUCCGAUCAAGCGGAAUCUUCAGAAAGAAGUGAGAGGAUGUCAGGCUCUCAUUAUUUGGACUGAUUGUGAUCGAGAAGGGGAAAAUAUUGGGUUUGAAGUCGCCCAGGUUUGCAGGGAGGCUGUGCCUACGAUUGAUAUAUACAGGGCAAAGUUUUCGGAAAUAACGCAACCGUCAGUAUGGCGUGCGGUGCGAAACCUAGAACGACCAGACGAAAAACUCAGUCAAGCUGUGGAUGUCCGUAUGGAGUUGGAUCUGCGGAUCGGCGCAGCGUUCACUCGUUUUUUGACCUUACGUUAUCAGAAGUUGUUCCCGGGAACCCUCACGAAUAGCCUCGUGAGCUAUGGAAGUUGCCAAUUCCCUACUCUGGGAUUCGUCGUAGAGCGAUAUAAAGCUCACGAAGAUUUUCAAGCGGAACCCUUCUGGAAACUGAGAUUGUUCGAUGAAAAAGAUGGCAAUCGAACCGAGUUCCACUGGAAACGAGGAAAAGUGUUCAGCUUCCGUGCAGCAGACAUAUUCUACAACAUCUGUGUGGAAUCGAACAGAGCAAAAGUCACAGCGGUGACGCAGAAGCCGACUAGCAAAUGGAGGCCUGUUGCAUUGGACACGAUUCAAAUGGAGAAGCUCGGGUCUUGGAAACUAAAGAUCAAUGCUAAAGAGAUGAUGAAGAUUGCGGAGAAGCUUUACACCGGAGGUUUCAUCAGUUACCCGCGCACAGAAACAAAUAUCUUCCCGAAGGAGAUAAAUCUGAAUAAUUUGAUUGAAAGUAUUGCUGGAGAUGAAAGAUGGCAAGAUUUUGCCAGAAACAUCCUAAAUUCUGGUGGAGCUCAUCCAAGAAAUGGAAAGAAAAGUGAUAAUGCUCAUCCUCCGAUUCAUCCAUUGAAAAUUGGAACCGGGUUAUCUGGCCAAGAAGCGAGAGUAUACGAAUUCAUUGCGAGGCAUUUCCUAGCGUGUUGUUCUCGCGAUGCCCGUGGGAUGGAAACGGUGGUUGAUGUUGAGCUCGGAGAAGAAUUGUUUUCCGCCAAUGGAUUGAUCAUCACGGACCGAGGGUAUCUCGAGGUUUAUCCCUAUGAUCGCUGGUCAGAUAAGGAGCUGAGAGCCUACGAACGAGGCGAAGAAUUCGUGCCCAGUUCGCUGGACAUCCAUGAAGGCAGCACAACUGCGCCGCCGCUACUAUCGGAAGCAGACCUGAUCGCGUUGAUGGAGGCCCACGGGAUUGGGACAGAUGCUACUCAUGCUGACCAUAUUGAAACUAUAAAAGCGAGAAAUUACGUCAAGUUGACGAGUGGAGAUUCGAGGUUCUUGCCCGGUGAUUUGGGCCUUGGCUUGGUUGAGGGAUACGAUGCAAUGGGAUUCCAUUUGUCGAAGCCACAUUUGAGAUCAGGUUUGGAAAGUGAUCUCACUGCAAUUUGCGAUGGAAGAAAGAAUCCUGAUGAAGUGUUGAGUGAUCAGAUCGGCAAGUACGAAGAGGUGUUCCGGCUUGGAAUGGCUGAUGUUGCGAAAUUGGAUGAAGCAUUGGAACGAAGAUUGCGUGAGAGACAAGCUAGAGGCAAUGGCGGAGCUUCAGUUGAUGGCAGUGGUUGGGGAGGAGGUGGUGGUGGAGGAGGAGGAGGUGGCCCUCGUCCGGAUGAUGACCGCCCCAGCUUCAGUCGUCCGACGAAUUCUAUUUUCGGAAAAUGUCCGAAGUGCGACAGUCAUAUGAUGCUGAAAGCGAAGAAACAAGGGGGUUGGAUGGCUGCUUGCAUGGGAUUCCCGGAUUGCAAAGUUGUGUCGUGGUUCCCGUCUGAAAUCACGGACGUAUCUGUGUCGAGCAAGUGUCGGCAGUGUGACUUGAAUCAGGCCACUUUUCGGGUCCCCCGCGGCGUUUUCGCUGCCGCGAGUGAAGAAAGCGUCACGUUCUGCUUGCGUUGUGGAGGUUCCGAGCUGGAGCGGUUUCAGUUACGACCAUUGCCGAAAAAGGAGGCUUCAAGUGGAAGUAUCGCCAGUGUUUUUCAGUCCAGAACGACGUCGUCGGCAGUUCCUGAUAGUAGGAGUGUGGGAGUAUUAAAUUCAGGUGUGGACAGACUUCGUCAUUACAUGCCAACAGUAUCAUUCAUGUCAGGAAUCAGCUCCGCGACAUUUCCUAUUCCAAGAGGAAAUAAUCAGUCCAACAUGAGCAGGAUCCCAAAUACCUACUCUCAUCAUCGGGACGUAACCCAAGGGAAUAACAGAAGUGACGUUGGCGAUGAAGUGAAAUGCAAAUGUGGGAAUCCUGCCAAUUUGCUGACCGUGAAGAAAGAGGGUCCGAAUACUGGAAGAAAGUUUUACGCGUGUGCAAAAUCCAAUGGUACGGACUGCAAUUUCUUCUCAUGGGAAGAUGCCGUAUCUGCACCUCGCGAUAGACCCACGGGAUCGACAAUUUCAUUUCCUGCGCCUCAGCUAAACGGGUCAAAUUCUUCUUUUGGAGUGAACAGUGGAGGAUCGUUUUCGAAUCCUGGAUCGUGGGAUGGACCGAGCAACGAUGUCCAGGAGUACAUGUGUGACUGCAACGUUGUUGCGAGAAAGUUUACGGUGAAUAAGGAAGGUCCAAAUAAAGGUAGGGAAUUCUACGUUUGUAGCAAGAACCAAGGCGAUGCCGGAAGGUGUUCGUUUUUCCUGUGGGCUGAUUCCAACCCCUCGUCGGUUGCUCCUACGAUACCAAGAAAUACGGGCUCUUUUGAGAGACCCAUCCGAAGUCGAGGUACUUCAAGGGGUCGAGCUCGUGGUCGAGGAACUGGAGCAGGUCGAGGUGCACCAGGGGGUAGAAAAUGUGGUAUUUGUGGUAACACUGGACACAAUCGGAAAAACUGUCCGAAUCGAUUUGAUGGGACGGGAAAUGAAGAUUGGUAA